AUGGCAUCGAUCAAAAUCUCCUCCCAGAACGAGAGCCUUAAAGGUCACGGUGCCAUUAUUUGCACCAAAUCUCACUUUUUUGAUGCUACUCUCAAGCCUUUCAAGGAACCUAUCAUCGGGACCAUCAAUCUACCGGAGGACGAUCCGGAGACAAUCAAACGAGUUCUGUGUUUUCUCUACCGACAGAACUACAACGACCAUGAUCAAGGCGCCGAGGAACUCACCAGUCUAACCCCCAGAAAGUGCCGAGCAAGUGUGAAAACAAGGCGAGCGAACUUGAACAUGGCAAGGCCGCUGCCUACACCAAUAUCUGUCUACCUUGAAGCAGACAAGUUCAGCAUAGUUCCUCUAAAGCAGCUUGCUUUGGACAAUCUUUCUACGGGGAUGAAAGACUACUGGAUGACAUACUCGUUCCCCAAAAUCGCUCGUGAAAUCAUGUCAUCAAUUUCCCUUCGGGGUUCUAGUCUUCUUAAUGCUCUAGUAAAAGUCAUUUGCGGCCAUCUUGGUGACUCUAUGAUCACGGUCAACUUGGAUCUCUCAUUAUUGCAAGAUUGGCAGAAAAGGGCAUAA